CGUGAUCCUAAACCAAUCCAAUCCGUAUUAAAAUAGAUUGGUUCAGAUUGGUUUCACGACUUAAACGGAUUGGAUUGGUUCCAAUUUUUCAAAAUCCGUAAAUAACAGAUUGGUCCUAGUUUUACUCCAAUCCGAACCAUGCUCACCCCUAAUAAAUUUAGGUAAUUUGGUUAAUUUAAAUUAGACUUAACCAGAUAACAUUGAGUUACAAAUUGAGUUUGAGUAGACUUGAGCACCUCUCAAUACAACUGAGGCUUGGUGUGAACAACCUUUCAAUCAAUUUGAAUCCGUCCAAGUUGCAACUCUCAAUACAACUGAGGCUUGGUGUGAACAACCUUUCAAUCAAUUUGAAUCCGUCCAAGUUGCAUCCUAGACAAACCUCCCAACAAAACUAAAUAAAAUUUAAAAAUAAUAAACAAUAAAAUGGUAGCAGUAUUUGAUACAAUGGGUGUUGGUGCAAACAUGGAAUCGCAUCCCAGGCAAACACGUAGUGACGUGGCGUGAUAGUAUUGGGUAUCUGACGCCACAUUACAUGGUGUUACCGUUAUUGAGCAUUCGAUUAUCGCGCGUUUCGCAAAUUUUAGUUUUCCCUCGUUGUCCUUGGCAUUUAUUAUACAAAAACCUCUUCACAUUUAAUCAAACAAUUUAAUUAAUCUCUCUCUUCCCCAAACAUCCUUGAUUUCUCCGUUAAUUUUUGUUUUCAGAAAACGUUUCCAAAAACUAGACCUCAUUAUCGGAUCUUCCUCAACGUUUUGCUUCUCAAAAUUAAAAACCAAAAAACAAAACAAAAAAAAACUGCUUUUUGAAAACACAUUUGGCAAAAAUGAGCACAAUGGAGCUUCUCAACAUCGAGCCUGUCGAGCUCAAAUUCCCCUUUGAACUCAAGAAACAGAUCUCUUGUUCUCUUCAAUUGUCUAAUAAGACCGAAAGUCAUGUCGCGUUUAAGGUGAAGACAACGAAUCCAAAGAAGUAUUGUGUUCGUCCAAAUACCGGAAUUGUUUUGCCUCGUUCAACAUGCGAUGUUAUAGUUACCAUGCAAGCGCAAAAGGAGGCUCCUCCUGACAUGCAAUGCAAGGACAAAUUUCUCCUUCAAAGCAUAGUUGCGAGUCCAGAUGCAACCCCGAAGGACAUUACCGCAGAAAUGUUCGUUAAGGCAGAAGGACGUGUUGUUGAGGAGUGCAAAUUGAGAGUGAUUUAUGUUUCUCCACCCCAACCACCGUCACCAGUUGCAGAGGGUUCGGAAGAAGGUGCUUCACCGAAAGCACCACUGUUGGACAACGGGAAUUCCAAUGCUUCUGAGGUUACACGAGCAUUUGUUGAAGCUAAUGACAAAUCUUCAGAGGUGAAAUCCCAGCCCCCCUCUCAUAUAUAAACUUUUUAAUGCAAAUUUUUAUUUUUUAUGGUAACAUCAGUGUCAUCUGGGAGUAUUUAAUAUCAUAUGGAAGUCUAAGUUAGAUUUAUAUUUUUUUAGUAUGAACAUCGGUAAGAGCUAUUGCUAGAUCAUCCUUUAAUGUCAGA